AGGGGCUGUAAUUAUUGCGUUUUAGUUCAGACCGAGAGAGAAAGCUGGAAAGGAGCUGUUAAUGCCACGGAGUAAGAAUUAUCCUCUUGUCACCUCGAAUUAGAUGCUGCCUGCGAAGGUUCGGACCCGGAGCUUCCUUCACGUCGCCACCUUGAUCCUUUGCUGCCAGCUUGCCCUUGCCCAGAAAGGACGGAAGAAAGUGGUGCACGUCUCAGAAGACGAGAGCGGUGCCAUUGUGGUCCAGACGGCACCUGGGAAGGUAGUCACCCACCGCGGUGGCACCAUCAUCUUGCCUUGCCGCUUCCACUAUGAUGUCUCUGCCCACGACCCCGAUGAGAUCCGCUUGAAGUGGACCAAGGUGGUGGAGCCCAUGUCCUUCGAGGAUGUCUUCGUAGCUAUGGGCAAGGAGCGCAGGGCCUUCGGGAACUAUCGGGGCCGGACAUCGCUGCAGGAGGACGGUGCCGGAGACGCCUCGCUCAUCAUCCGGAACGUUACCCUUCAGGACUACGGGCGCUACGAGUGCGAGGUGACCAAUGAAUUGGAGGAUGACGCAGGGAUGGUGAACCUGGACUUGGAAGGGGUGAUCUUCCCUUACCACCCCCGGCUGGGCAGGUACACCCUUAACUUCCACGAGGCCCAGACAGUCUGCUCGGAGCAGGACGGGAUCCUGGCGUCCUACGAUCAGCUGCACGAGGCUUGGCUGGACGGGAUGGACUGGUGCAACGCCGGGUGGCUGCAGGACGGAUCGGUGCAGUACCCCAUCGCCAAGCCCCGGGACGAGUGUGGGCGGAAAGAAACCCCCGUCGGGGUGAGGAAUUACGGCUACCGCCACAAAGACGUCGAGCGCUACGAUGCCUUCUGUUUCACUUCCAACCUGAACGGGAAAGUCUAUUUCCUCAAGACCUACCGCAAGCUGAGCUUCCCUGAGGCCAUCCAGGCAUGCCAGAAGAACAAGGCAGCGGUGGCCAAGGUUGGCCAGCUCUACGCCGCCUGGAAGAUCCAGCUCUUGGACAAGUGUGAGGCUGGCUGGGUGGGCGAUGGCAGCAUUCGCUACCCCAUUGUCAACCCGCGGGCUCGUUGUGGGGGUAGCGAGCCAGGUGUGCGCAACUUGGGCUUCCCUGAUAAGAAAUAUAAGCUCUUUGGGGUCUAUUGCUAUCAGGCAGCCGGCGGCGGAGGGGCCAAGAAGAAGGGAAAGGGGCAGGGGACCGGGGACUGGAGACCUUUCCAGGUGUAAACCAGGCCGGAGUGCUGAGCCGCACUUCAGUUGAACGAAUACAGAUCCCUCCAUCUUCCUUGGUCUUCCAGCCUGGAGGGACUGGUAAGGUUUUUCUUGAUCCUUUGGGGAGGCCCUUUGGGGACAUCCUUGUCCAACAUGCGUUUUCCCAGGAAAGGCUGUUGCACAAUCCAAAACAAUGGAAGAGAAGGACUGCAUCUGAUUCAGUUGACUUUCUCCGAACUUCCAGACUGCCUGGAAGUCCGGGUUGCAUUCAGCUUCUCAUGAGCCGUGACUAUAACCCCCCUCCUCCUUUUUUGAUUGAUUCUGCUGAAGGCUUGGCUGUAUGCAAUUUGCUAUUAUAUUAAUAAUUCAGACAAAGCUUUUAUGGGGGUGGGGGCUGGCUGUCUGGGUGGGAGUUUGCAGUUUGCAAAGCAAUGACACCAGGGUUGGCCAUUGUGGAUUUGGCAGUGAGGGACCCACUUUUUUUUUUUUGGCCACCAAACAAGGACAAACACUUUGUGGGAGGGGAGGGCCUGAUCUUCUGCUUUUUUGCAUGAUUUUGGGAAUGCUACCAAAAUCCCCGAAGCCAGCUCCAAAUUGGGAAAACUCCACUAGCUUUCCUUUCCCUCAGCGGUCGCUUUGUCCAGAUGCCCAAAUCCUUCUGUAAGUUUCCAUUGUUAUCUGGCAAACUGGAAAUGCAGUGAACAUGCGUUCAUCAAUAUGUGGCUUGUGAUGAGACUGUAGGAUCUUUGGGGCAGGGCUCUGUCCUUCAUUCAUUCAUUAUUAUGCUUAAGUUAACUCUGUAUAGCACUAUGUGUACAUGGAUGACUCUGUUAAUAAAAGUGUGUUUGUGUGUA